AUGCCCGCCCGCGUCUGCCUGGGUUGGACGGAAUUGCGCGCCGGAGAGAUACUCGCGUUGGCGAUGAUGGAGACCAUUGGUGAUCCUCGUGGAGCGCAGGGAAUGAAGCAAGAAGUAACAGCGACGACUUACCUAGGUGGAAGUGGUAACCUGGAACACCCGUGGACUGGAACAAUAAUAACGACAAACAGCCCCGCGCAGAGGAGGUCGAUGCAGGUGUCAUUCCAAAUCGAUCGUCAUCAUCGUGCGAUUGCGCCUUCCUUUCCCGACACUUUUUUUCCCUUCCUCGCGCCUUUCUCCGCCGCCCGGUUCCAUUUUCAUAAGGCGGGGCACGAGCGGCUUUCGCCCAGCACGCGCAGCAACGACGAUGAUGAUGAUAUUGUUUGCGCUACAGGUCAGAAUGCUGGAACUGCCCUGGUGUUCAUUGUUUUGAUGUACAACACAACAGAACCCGUCAUGAACCCUCAGGGAGGAUCGGUCUACUCAGCCGAUGACGUGCUGCUGACUCGUGGAUCUUGA